ACACGGCACGAGACGAGGCCACUCGCCAGCCCACACCGCCACCCACCCCCUCUCCUUCCCGUGAAAUCCCGCAGCCUCCAACCGAAAAGGCGUCCAAAUCUCCGACCCACACACUAGCUACCGCCACAAUCACUCGCAGUCGCGGCACACACACACACGGCCACGCCCAGAUGGCCUAGCGCAGCGCACACAGGGGAGUCAGCGCUUCUCUCGCGCCUCGAUCCCAGCGCUUGUGCCGUACGUGCGUGACGCAAUGCCGGCGCCGGACCGCGCCGGCGCCGCGGGGGGCGGGCACCCGCGCGGCCACGCGCACCUCACCAACUGCGUACACCUGCGCCACCACGGGGGAGGCGGCGGAGGGCCCGCGUCCUCCUCGGGCCGGAGGCGGAGCCCCGCGUCGGCCGCGCUGAUGCGCGACCUCCUCGCGCUCCAGCGCUCGCGGGCGCGGACGCUCCGGGACCCCUCCACGCGCCGCUCCGUCGAGUCCUCCUCCAAGGUGGCGGCAGACCCCGACCCGUACACCGACGACGACCGCGACGGCGCCGUCGAUCUCCCCGCCAGGUCCCGGCGCGGCGCCAAGGCCAACGGGGCGCUCAAGACGCUCCUCGACCAGCUCGCCGAUAACCCCCACCCCAAGGCGGCCAGGCGCCCCCGCCGCCGCUUCAAACGCGGGGCCGGGGCCGCCCGCCGCGCCGGCACCGCCGGCAAGGCCCCAGAUCGCGCCGCCGCCGCGCUCUCCCUCAACUCCAGCUCCCAGGAGGCCGUCUGCGGCAACAAGUACCUCUUCCGCGACGGCGACGAGCUGCGGCAGCAUGUGCCGCAGGACUCGCGCAACGUCUGCGGCAUCCCGUGGAACUGGUCGCGCCUCCACCACCGCGGCAAGUCUAUCCUCGACCUGGCCGGCCGCAGUCUAUCGUGCGGGCUCUCCGACCCCAAGUCGGCGGCGGGGCGCGAACCCGAAGCGACGACCUCCGCCUCCGCCUCGCGCGCGCACCUCAGCGGUUCACACUCUCUUUUCCCGGUCAAGUCCGAGAGGCUGGCUUCCUCCACCAGCUCCGACUCUGACGCUUUGCCUCUGCUCGUCGAGGCGGCCACCUCCGGUGAACGCAAUGGCAUUGGCGGCAUGGCUGGGAGCUACUCCGGGGAGCUCGGGCUAUUCUCUAACAGGAGCAGCGAGAUGGAUUCUGACCUCUUGUCCCAGGCGCGGUCUGGGACACGGGGCUCUCUGCGAAGCCGCAGCCGGCACCGGAGCCUGACACAGAAGUUCGCACCGAGGACGUUCAAGGACGUCGUCGGGCAGAGCUUGGUGGUGCAGGCGCUAUCCAACGCCGUCCUAAGGAGGAAGGUCGGGUUGGUAUACGUCUUCUAUGGGCCGCACGGCACAGGGAAGACAUCAUGCGCGCGCGUCUUCGCCAAGGCGCUCAACUGCCACUCUGCCGAGCACCCGCGGCCCUGUGACUCGUGCAUUUCGUGCAUCGCGCACAAUGUUGGCAAAAGCAGGGAUGUGAUGGAGAUUGGGCCCGUAGGCAACAUCGACAUGGAUGGAAUUGUGGAUGUUCUUGACAAUGUCAUGCUUUCACCGGCACCAUCACACUAUAGGGUAUUCAUAUUUGAUGACUGCGACACAUUGCCAGCAGACACUUGGAGCAUCAUCUCCAAAGUCAUUGACCGGGCACCCCGCCGUGUGGUGUUUAUCCUUGUUGGUCCCAACCUGGACCUCCCUCAUAUCAUCCUGUCGAGAUGUCAGAAGUUUUUUUUCCCCAAGUUGAAGGAGUGUGACAUCGUCAACACAUUGCAGUGGAUUUCCACCAGUGAAACUCUAGAUGCGGAUAGGGAUGCAUUGAGGUUAAUUGCAUCCCGUUCAGAUGGAUCGUUGAGAGAUGCUGAGAUGACUCUUGAUCAGCUGAGUUUGUUGGGGCAAAGGAUUUCUCUGUCUCUUGUCCAAGAACUCGUUGGUUUGGUAUCCGAUGAUAAGCUGGUUGAUUUACUUGAUUUGGCACUAUCUGCUGACACUGUGAACACAGUGAAGACAUUACGAGACAUUACAGAAACUGGAGUUGAGCCUUUGGCACUGAUGUCUCAACUUGCCACGAUAAUUACUGACAUCCUGGCUGGUUCCUACAUAUUUGCAAGAGAAAGACCACGAAGAAAGUUCUUCAAACGUCCAACCUUGUCAAAAAAUGAUAUGGAGAAACUACGGCAGGCUUUGAAAACACUAUCAGAAGCUGAAAAGCAGUUGAGAGUCUCCAAUGACAAGGCAACAUGGCUGGCGGCUGCUCUGCUUCAGCUUGCUCCUGAUAAGCAGUAUAUGGUGCCAAGUUCAUCAACAAGUACGAGUUUCAACCACGGUGUAUUGGACGGUUCCCUUCCUGGAAAGGAUGUAGCAAGGCACUCAGCUAUUGAGCAUAAUGGUAACAUGGCAAGCACUUCUUACGGGGAAAGGAGAACCAUUAAACAUACAUCAAAUCACCAUGGUUCGUCCACUGUAACCAAAGUGAACGAGCAAUCCAAACAUAGCAAAACUGAAAAUGAAAUGAUCUGGCAAGCAGUGCUUGAGAGUAUUCAGUCAGAUACACUACGAAAAAUGAUGGCCAAAGAAGGAAAGCUAAGAUCUGUCAGCCUAGGAACCGGACCGACAGUGCAAGUGAUAUUCAGCUCACGUGUAAAUAAGUCCAACGCUGAAAACUUCAGGGGACAAAUUAUGCAGGCGUUUGAGUCUGUUCUUCAUUCUGCUAUAAUACUUGAAAUCCGAUAUGAAUCAAAACAUGAUGCGGGAGCAGGUCAUGAUGAGAAUGACACUGACAUGAUAUCAAGGAGAUCCUUCAGUAAACAUAGUAGCCCGGUUUCUUCUGGAGGUGAAACCCUCGUCAGGAGGCUUAAAAAAGACAGGGUUGUCAAGGGAGCUAGUUCUACUAAGACCAAGUGGAUGCAAUCUGAUCCCCACAUAUUAACAGAAGGCGAGAUCAUUGAAGUUGGACCUUCUCACAUGCACCGGUAUCCUGAAACAGAUAAUGGUGUUCGUAAUAUGAAUGAAAGAAGAAAUGAUAAUGCAUGGGAAGAGGCUUUGUCAUCACCAAACCAAGAGGGUGUGAUGAAACAAGGAGGAAAAAAUGGGAAUAAACAGCGUCGACAGAACAGCAUAGUAAAACGAAAGCUCUCACUUGCUCAUGUUCUCAGUAAGGCGGAGGUUUGUUCCCAACGAGGAGGCUGGUCUAGACGAAAAGCUAUGUCAAUUGCAGAAAAACUGGAACAAGAGAAUUUGAGAUUAGAGCCUAGAUCAAGAAAUAUACUUUGUUGGAGAACGUCAAAGACUCGCCGGAAGCUCUCGUCGUUUAGGGUCAGGACUGGAAGUGGAAGGUCACGAGCUAUAUCGCGGCUUAUCCUGUGUGGAAGAUGCAUUUCCACAAAAUCCCCAAGAUAAAAGAACACUAGAAGUGGUAGUUUUACAAGCGUUCAAUUUAGCAUCCAUAAUUUAUUCACCCUGUACCUUGUAGACUGUAGCUGUGUCAAUUUUUAGGCUUUCUCUAAUCUGUAAAUUGUUUGUCAUGUAAAAG